AUGCUGAUCACCCGGGGCACCCGCGGGGACAUUCAGCCCUUUGUGGCACUGGCGCGAGGGCUCAUCCUGGAGCAGAACUGCGACGUGGUCUUCGUGACGGAACUGCCCUGGAAGAAGUUUGUGAAAGCCGCCACCGAGGACCUUCCAAGGGGCCGCCUGCGGUUCCGGCCCUGCGGGGGCGACACCUCCCGCCGGGUCUCGGGGGACUUGGCGCGCUACGUGCUGAGCCUGGGCCAGCAGAGCGUGGCCCUGCAAGCCCUAGUCUUCUCCCGGUCCGAGGUGGAAUUCUUCCCCAGCGAGGGGUGCUUCUUUCACUGGGCCUGGGAGGAGCGGCCCACCUUCAUCGUCUUCGGCUUCCUACUGAUCCACGUGGCCAUGAUCAUCUCGGAGGCUUCGGCAGGGUGGAGCUGCUCUGAAGUCUUUGAGUUCGAUGGCAUCCUCUUCAAGGUGGAUGCUGAUGGCGAGACGGAGCUGAACGCCGACGAGGUGCAGCUCAUCAUAAAGUGA